AUGCCAGGACGAAAAGUUCGAAUGACAACAAGCUCAUCAUUAAUUAUUAUUGGUACUUCUCUUACAAAUCCAAUAUCUCGAACAAUCAAAGUGUCGGGAGCAACAGGCACAAAACGACAUCAUCAUCAUCGUCAUUCAUCAAAAACGAACAAAGCAGCCGUAGCAACACUUAAUAAUGAAGGUGAAAAUCUGCCACCGAUCUUUUCAAGCAAAUCAAAAUCAGCUAGUAAUAGUGUUCUUACGAAACUUCGUUCUACCAAUUCUUCAAAUGAUAUUAUUGAACGUGAUGUUACUAGUUUAACAAGAAUGAGUAAUUUACCAGCACCAGAUUCAUUUGAUGCAUUACAAAUUAGCAGUGACAGACUGCGAACAAUAAUUGCUGCACUUCAUUGUAAUAUACUUAUACGAAAAGACGAUCUAGUUCGUAAUCUAGAUUAUGCUGCAAAUGUUCUUGAAGCUGUUCAUCAAGAUGAAACAAAACGACUUAUGGAAGAAGAUGAUGGUGCCUUAUCAGAAAUAGAACCAGAUUCUGUACCAAAUGAAGUACGAGAUUGGUUAGCAAUGACAUUUACACGAUCAAUGUCAACGAUAAAAAAUCGUCCAUCAGAAAAAAAGAAAUUUAAAAGUGUUGCACAAGCAAUUCGUGCUGGAAUUAUGGUUGACAGCUGUGCCAGGUACCUGAGGCGUCUGUCUAUCGACAUUAAAUUUAAGACAAUCAACGAAUGGACAUUUGAUGUUUUUUCUGUUAACGAAUUUACAAAUGGACAAUGUCUACGUUAUGUUGGCUUUGAACUUAUGCAACGUUAUAAUUUACCAAAUAAACUUCGUAUUCCUGUAACAGCCCUGCAGAAUUUUCUUGAACAAAUGGAAAUGGGUUAUAGCAAAUAUCGAAAUCCAUAUCAUAAUUUAAUUCAUGCAGCAGAUGUUUUGCAAACAAUAUAUCAAAUUAUCUAUAAUUCCGGUCUCAUGGUAGAGAAUUGGUUGACUGAUCAUGAAUUAUUUGCAACGUUUAUUGCGGCUAUUAUACAUGAUUUUGAACAUACAGGAACAUCAAAUAAUUUUCAUAUUCAAUCAAGAUCUGAUGUAGCCUUAACAUACAAUGAUCGUGCUGUACUGGAAAAUCAUCAUGUAAGCGCGGCAUUUCGAUUACUGCGAAUCGAUGAUUAUAAUAUAGUUUCUGAAUUUACAUCCGAUGAAUAUAAAAAUUUUCGUCACUUAGUUAUUGAAAUGGUGCUUGCUACGGAUAUGAGUUCUCAUUUUACACAGUUAAAAACUAUGAGAAGUCUUUUAAGUAUGCCGGAAAAUAUUGAAAAAUCUAAAGCAUUAGCACUUAUUCUUCAUUGUGCUGAUAUAAGUCAUCCUGGUAAACCAUGGACAAUUCAUCAGAUAUGGACAGAAUCAUUGAUGGAAGAAUUUUUUACCCAAGGUGCAAAAGAAAAAGAACUUGGUUUACCUUGUUCACCAUUAUGUGAUCGAGAAAAUACACUUGUCGCGGAAUCACAAAUUGGUUUUAUUCAAUAUAUUGUUGAACCAUCAUUUAUUGUCAUGGGUGAUAUGUUAGAAAAGAUUCUUAAAUCUUUCGUUGUUUCGGAUUCUGAACUUCCAUCACCGUCAAUACCCGGUCGAAGUAAUGCUACAUCUCCAACACCAUCAGGAGCAUCAUCAGGUGGUGAUUCAAAUGCUCAAAAUGACGAACAGAAUGGACAAGACAGACAAUUACCUUCAUCCAUGACAACACCUUUAGCUCGACCGACAGUUGUUCGAAGACCAUGGUCUGAAUAUCUUAAAUCAAAUCGAGAACGAUGGUUAAAAGAAGCAGAAGAAGAAAGACGUCGAAAAGAAUUAAAAGUUAUUGAAGAAGAACCAUAA